GGGCUCAAAAUCGGAGAUCAGGCCUGCCCUGCCCCCUCUGCAUUGGACUGCGGCGGUAGACCGGCCAGAGGGACAGACCAGAGAUAUCAACGAGAUCCAGAAGCGAUAUGAAGACAAAUGAUGAAACGGCGCCGAUGGACAGCACAGCAAAUGGAGAACAGGCAUACGACGAAACUGGGCAAGAAGAGGCACGCGAGACUCGUGCAUGAACCUCAGGCGGGAAAGAGAAAACAUAUCCUGCUCGCCGAGAAUUUCGGCGUUUCGCUGAAACGAAUCUCGGAGAAGCUGGACGCUGUCGACAAAAGAACGAAGGAAGUCGACAGACAAAACGAUGUGCUCGCUAAGAAGAUAGAAGAUCUCAAAGGUGUCCCGAAGAAAGGAGAAGCCAGCAGCAACGAGAAACGGAAGCACGUCCUCGGUGUUAACUCACCUGCCGCAGAGCGGCAGAAAUCCCAACCGCGCUCAAGAAGUGGUGGCAUCAAGAUGAGGCAACCGAGGAUUGAAGUAUCAUCCGAUAAGGAAGCCGAGAAGGGGCGAGCGAAGAAUGCCGCUAUUGAAGAGCCUCCUCUGGAGAACAAACUCCCUCCAAGUACCGUGAACUUGGAGGAUGUGAUGAAGAUGCUCGCGAUCAUUGCGGGCAAAGUGAACCAAGGACAGAAUGAUAACGACACGGGGGUGAAGAUGGAGAGUAGAUCGGGUGUGAAGACCAGCUGCGGGGUGGCGAAUGCAUCCACGAAAGACAACAGCGAGGGAACGGACGAGGAGGAGGAAGAGAAACUAAUGGUGAAUCGAGGAGGACUGGGAGGAAGGGCCCAAGUGGGAAUAGUGGAAUACAUGAGACACAUGUUGGACCAUUAUAUGAAGAUGACAGGCAAGAAGAUCAAGAUGAUAUGCCUGGAGAGGGAUGUGAAGUGGGAGCGGAAGGACAAAAGUGCAUGGGAAUUGGCGAAACAAGACACUGAAGAAUUUACUAAGUUGAUGAACGGCGGCACCGAAGAAGAAGAUGGGGCAGAAUCAACGUGUGAAGAGGAUGAAGAAGAUGCCAAUGGGUCAGAUAAUGACGACUGCCAGGGAGACGUCCAGGGGAACUAGGACUCUCCAAGAGAAGCUUGCUUCGUUCCCUCAGAACAUUAAGCAACGCGAUUGAGACAGCGGAUGGAGAACUGAAACGUGAUUUGCGGAACGUU